AUGAAGAAGAAAAAGAAGAAUCUACUUGGAAGAAGAGAUGUCGCGAGCUUAAUGUAUGCGGUCGCUAGUAAAUCGAGGCAAUACAUUGGACCUAUAAUUCCUUCCUGUCACUUUACUACUGAAACAGUAUAUGACACGACAACAAGAACAAUGUACAUCCUAAGUGCAAACGUUUAUGCAAAGCGUGAGUCAUCACCCCCUGCCCAAGCAUCGUGUCUAGAUGAUCAGCGCUACAUAAAUGAUCAUUUUCUUAACGCGCGUAAUCAGCAACUCUUUUACUGCGCUGCAUUUCCACCCGGAUUAGUGUCUUUACGUGGUGUAAUACUCUUUCUACAUGGUAUUGGGGAGCAUUCAUUGCGCUUUGCACACGUCUAUAAGCAUUUGUGUCUUAAUGGGUAUGGAGUGAUUGCGUAUGACAUGUUGGGCCACGGACAAAGUGCAAGUGAAGAGCCGGGAUUACGUGCUCACGGGUCUGACUUUGAAUAUUUUAUAGAUGACACAAAUACGUUUAUAACGACUGCCAAAGACAUCAUCUAUAGCAAAAUGUUAACGAAUGCAGCUAGUAACCCGCCAUUGAUUAUCAUGGGGAUUUCGUUUGGGGCUUUGGUAGCUUUAAACACAAUUUUAUCAGGAAAACACCAAUUUCAAGGUUGUAUAGUAGCUUCUCCUGCUAUUGCUGUUGAAUAUACUUUUGCUCUUCGAAUGAUGGAAAUUAUCUCGAAACCAUUAGUGUGGAUCUUUCCAACGGCGAGAUUGGUACCUGGAGUUAAUUUUGAAGGCUUGACACGUGAUCCGGAGUUUUAUAAAGAUUACAUGGCCGAUCCACUUAACGUCACGGAAAAUCUUACUACUCUUAUGGCUGUUCAGGUUGGUUUGGGUAUGAAGCGGCUGCAAAGUAGCGAACAAAUUGAAGAUUCAAAUAGCACGUUUUGCAAGGUUCCACUCUUGGUAUUACAAGGAACGGAGGACAAAGUCACGAGUGUCAAAGUUGUAGAGGAAUUUAUGAGUCGUGCUGCUAAUAAGGACAAGGAACUCAAACUCUUUGUGGGACUUUAUCACUGUCUUUGGAACGAACCAGAGAAGCAGCAAGUAUUGGAUUAUGCCACUUGUUGGCUUAAUAAUCGUUUCGAUGCUGUUUUAAAUUCAGAAGGUGCCUCAAAACUUUGA